AUGAAGAUUAUUUUAAGUUUAAUUAUAUUUUCAAUAUUUUUUAUUUUAUUUAGUAAAUCACUAAGUUAUGUAUCACCAAAAUAUGAUGGUUGUAAUUUUAAAUAUUAUUAUAGAGAACCAAGUGGAUAUAAUGAAUUAAUAUGUGAAGAUCAAAGUAUAUAUAAAUAUUCAACAAAUGAUAAUUGGACAAAAAUCGUUCAUUUUAAUUCACCAGUUACAAAUGAUCAAUAUUUAUUUUUAUAUAAUGGAAUUAAUGGAAACUAUGAUAUAAUGCAUGUUAAAACAGGGUUAAUUAAAUCAAGUGAUUUCAUUCAACCAAGCUGUCAAUCAAUCAUUCUUGAAAAUGAUUAUCUAUUAAAACUAACUUGUGAAUUAUCACCAAUUGGUGAUGAUUCUUCAACCAAUAAAGUAAAUUAUACAAUUGAUAUUAAUAAUGGUUUAAUUUUAAAUAAAUAA